GAGGAUAGCUUCCCCUGCUCCCUAGCACCAACGCAGGCUGAAGAGAGAGAGAGAGGCUACGAGCGUUAGCUGCACACAAUGACAUUUGUACUGAGGAGCGUCUUCUAGCGAAGGAGAACGGGGAGACACGACUGAAACAACUAUACCGACCCGAAAUCGAACAAGCCCAAUAUCACCCUGAUUGGGUUUGGGGAAGAGGACAGGGCACUGCUGGUGUCGGUGCGGAAAAAAGACACAGUAACCCAUUUAACGCCUUUGCGAACCUCGGCGUAAACCAUAGGCGAACAUGUCAUCGGGAAAGGAGGGUAGCGCCCUACAUGCCAACUAUGUGGGACCCUAUCGCUUGGAAAAGACCCUAGGAAAAGGGCAAACAGGCCUGGUGAAGCUAGGAGUCCACUGCGUAACGUGUCAGAAGGUGGCCAUAAAGAUUGUCAACCGGGAGAAGCUCAGCGAAUCAGUCCUCAUGAAGGUGGAACGAGAAAUAGCAAUUCUGAAGCUGAUUGAGCAUCCACACGUCUUAAAACUACAUGACGUCUAUGAAAAUAAGAAGUACUUGUACCUGGUGCUGGAGCACGUGUCCGGGGGGGAACUGUUUGACUACUUGGUGAAGAAGGGCCGCCUCACCCCCAAAGAGUCCCGCAAGUUCUUCAGACAGAUCAUCUCGGCACUGGACUUCUGCCACAGCCACUCCAUAUGCCAUCGAGACCUGAAACCUGAAAACCUUCUGUUGGAUGAGAAGAACAACAUCCGCGUGGCAGACUUCGGCAUGGCUUCCCUGCAGGUCGGCGACAGCCUCCUGGAGACCAGCUGUGGAUCUCCUCACUAUGCAAGCCCAGAGGUCAUAAGGGGAGAGAAGUAUGAUGGUCGAAAGGCAGAUGUCUGGAGUUGUGGCGUCAUUCUCUUUGCACUUUUAGUGGGCGCGCUGCCGUUUGACGACGACAACCUGCGGAAUCUUCUGGAGAAGGUGAAACUGGGCGUGUUCCACAUGCCCCACUUCAUCCCGCCCGACUGCCAGAACCUGCUGAAGGGAAUGAUCGAGGUGGACGCCAACAAACGACUCACGCUGGAUCAAAUUCAGAAGCAUGCGUGGUACUUAGCGGGCAAGAACGAGCCGGAGCCCCAGACGCCGGUGCAGCGCAAGGUGGCGAUGCGGUUGCUACCGGCGAUGGAGGAGAUCGACCCGGACGUGCUGGAGAGCAUGCACUCGCUCGGAUGCUUCAGGGACAAGAGCAAGCUCAUCAACGACCUGCUCGCAGAGGAGGACAACCAAGAGAAGACGAUCUACUUCAUGCUUCUGGACCGGAAGGAGCGGUUCCCUAGCCACGAGGACCAGAAUCUCCCUGCCCGCAGUGACGUUGCGGACCCCCCGCGUAAGCGUGUGGACUCCCCCAUGUUGACGCGGCAUAACAAGAGGCGUCCGGAGAGGAAGAGCAUGGAGGUGCUGACGGUCACAGAGGGAGGCUCGCCCGUACCCGUCAGACGAGCCAUAGACCUCUCCAACCACGGCCAGAGGUCGAGGUCUAUCAGCGGAGCGUCUUCGUGUCUUUCCACCAGCCCUCUCAGCAGUCCCAGGCCCGUGCGGCGCUUUUUCGUUCCGCCCCAGUCCCCCGACUUCUGCCAGUCCCCCAACUGCAGUCCCACGCACUCCCCGCGCGGCGGGCCCCCCCGCCUCAACGGCAGCGUGCCCCUCUCCCCCCGGACUCACGCCCCCCACUACGUCGACCCCAAAACACAGACGCUGCCCGCCAAGCCCCGCUCGCCCCACAAGCCCCUGCAGACCACGCGCUCCAACCCCCUGCCCCACACCGGCCCGCCCCCGUCCUCCGCCCAGUCGGAACCCUCCACGCCCGUCUCCCCGUACCAACCCAUGCCCUCGCCCGUCCUCAACAGCCCUCGGGGGGCGCGCCGCUCCCCACUCACGGUGCCCCCUAAGCUUGCCAUGCCGCCGCUGGGCCACCACCACCACCACCACCACCACAAUGCCCCCGGGGGGUCGCCCCUCUCGCCCCUGUCGCCCCUCUCGCCGGUGCGGCUCCACCGGCUGCACCCGGAGCUCACCGCCAAACCUGUGCCCCCCUGCCUCCUGCCCCAGGUCACGCCGCACGGCUCGCCGCGCGCCAGCCCGCUGCCCACGCCCAAGGGUACGCCAGUGCACACGCCCAAGGAGAGCCCGGCGGGCACACCCAGCCCCACCCCGCCGCCCAGCCCCUCGCUGGGGGGGCUGCCCUGGAGGACGCGCCUCAACUCCAUCAAGAACAGCUUCCUGGGCUCGCCGCGCUUCCACCGCAGGAAAAUGCAGAUGCCCACCCAGGAGGAUAUGUCCAGUCUAACGCCAGACUCGUCCCCAGAGCUGGCUAAGAAGUCGUGGUUCGGCAACUUCAUCAGCCUGGAGAAGGAAGAGCAGAUCUUCGUGGUGAUCCGAGACAAGCCUCUGAGCUCCAUCAAAGCAGACAUCGUCCAUGCCUUCCUCUCGAUCCCCAGCCUUAGCCACAGCGUGAUCUCCCAGACGAGUUUCCGUGCGGAGUACAAGUCGUCGGCGGGGCCCGCCGUGUUCCAGAAGCCGGUGAAGUUCCAGGUGGACAUCACCUACACGGAGAGCGGCUGCGCACAGAAGGACAACGGCAUCUACUCUGUCACCUUCACCCUGCUCUCAGGUCCAAGUCGGCGUUUUAAGCGGGUGGUUGAGACCAUUCAAGCACAGUUGCUAAGCACGCACGACCAGCCGGGAGUACAACCAAUCUCUGACCCGUCUCGACGUUCCGAGGGGCACUCGGGCCGACAGUCGAAGACUGGUAGUCCGUUGAGUAACUUCUUUGAAGUAAUUAGGCAGCUUUUCUCAGACGAGAAGCACGCUCACGCUCAGGCAUCGCGCUCCUCCUCCCCAGCCCCCACCCCAGCCGGCACGCCCAGCAAGCAGGGGCCGAACGGCAGCAGGAGGAGGCCCUCAGAGCCCGAGGCCCCCCCGGAGGCCCCCCCCGCGGCCCCCGAGCCGUCUGCCUCUGACUCUAAGAGCCAAGCGGCCAGCAGAGGGACCUGUGUGGACCUAUGA